AAUUGCACAGCCCCCGCAUCCACGUAACAACCAUGAUAUAUGUUCUUGGUGUUGCUAUUACUACAUACAAUUUCUCCAUUGGGAGUACAAGAAUUCUGGCCCGGUGCCCACCCCAUGGGAACCUAUGUGGCAUCCUGAGAUGCUUGGAAGCCUCAACAUAGGCAGCAUAGCCACAUCUUACAUGCAUGAAUCAUAUUUAUGAUCAUUCAUCGUCCUCGGCGUCGUCGUCAUCAACAAUAGGCUCGACAAUCAGAUUACCACUUUUGCCAAUCCUGUCCAAAACAGAUCCACCUUGCUCAAGGUCGUACACUUCCCUCGGCAUAGGCGAGACAAGCCUGAAUUUAUAUUCGUGCUCGAAAUCAACGGGUUCCGCGACCUUUUCCCCGCUGCCUGGCUCCUGAGUUCCAUAACAUUCAACAAAGGCAUAGAGCUCUUCCAGAGGGGUAUCUGGGCUAAAUCGUCUUGUCACUCUCUCUGCUGACUCUGGCAUUCUAAAUGCAACCCGGACAGCAUUUGUUGCAUCCUUGGGAGGCUCCGAUGAGAUGCGCUGCACUCUCCAUAGUUUCCAUUGUUGAAGGCCGUUGGCGUAUUUUUCUGCUGCCUCGACUGCUUCCCUAGCUCGCUGUUCCUCAGCUGCCUGGGCGGCUUCGUCCUCACGCCUUUGCCUGGCCCGUUCACGGUCCUGUGCAAGAGAUCUUUCAUACGCUGAGUCUUGCUCUUGCCGCAAAGUCCUUUCAAACUGCUGUGCUGACCUUGCCUGCCUGGCCUCAUUCAGCUGCGUGGUGUAGGUGGUGAUCGUAUUCUGUAAUUUGGCGCCGUACGUACUUGCCGACAUGGGCCCAGUAAGUCUGGCAACAACCGACAUUGAUGUAGGACCGCUCUCGGCGGUAUGCGUAAUCAAGGCCGUGAAAGGGAACUUCGUGCAGCGCAGUGCAGUUGACACCUGGUAGGCUUCAGAAUCUUGCACGUUGCCAGCCCAAAGGAUGAUAUUGUUGGAAGGGUCGUUGACUAUGGCAGUGACUUCGGGCGAAAGAAGGGUAUCCCUGAUAAAUGAAGAGGUGUCAUCGUGCUCCGGAGACAUGAUUAUAAUCAUUAAAAACUUCAGGUCCUUCUUCGCCAGAUCAAGUGCCUGGGCAUAUCCGUUUGUAAAAAAUGGAAGCGAAUUAGAUCCGUAUUCUUCAUCAAAUUCCCGUUUGAACCUCGCUGCUGUAUCUUGUGGACUCAACAUCCUUCGUCCCGUCGUAUUCUUCCGUCUGUUCUGGGCUGUCCUAUUUCGAGGUUGAAAGAGUCGCGGGAGAAACGGGAAGAGGUAGGCAAAAAAGCUAAAGGAGGAUGACAGUAUCUUAUAAAUGACAUUGAAUGGCAUGAACAGAAGGCCUAGUAGUAACGGGGGACGGCGGACGAUCUGGUCUUCUGGCUGGGGCACGAUUCUAGGAGCUGCAUCUGGGCGCGUCGAAGCUGAAGGGCCCCGUAGAAGGCUUUCUUGUAGGUUCUCAUGGCGGCUAGAUCGAAUCGGAGGCGCAUUUUGAGCUGCUGCGAUGGCGUCGGCAAGAGGGUCGACUUGUCCGGAAUCGCCGUCAAAGAAUCUCGAAACUGCUAGCUUUGCCACAGUUAGUUACCUGGCAUAAGUCGGGUUUGAUCUUGGGGUCCAUACCUGCACGUUCCAUUGCGCCCGCUGAAGUACUGGGAUUGCUGCUUGCACGUCUUGGUCCGUGACGGAAGUAUAUUGUUGGAGCGCUUCUUGUUGCGACUGCGACAGCUGUCCAAUGUCCACCUCACCCGGAGUUGCCAUCACACUGGAAUCUCACGAACUUCAAUCGCACAAAGAGAUCGGUGAUGUGGAGUCCAUGAAGGAGUAACCGAUGUUUCAGUUACUGUAUUCGCACAAACUCAAUUAUCGUAUGGAAGUAUGAUAUUCCAAUAACCUGAUGUUAGCCUCGUGUCAUACCCGCCAUAAAUGGCUUGAGCGGACCCCGGCUUUGGGAGCCUCACAAGGUGUGGCUAGCGCACGGAUGCUGUAAGGCUGACAACUGGCGACCGCCCUCACAAACUCGAGUGAUCGCGUCUCGAGAUAUGGGGCAAUAUACUUCUACGGAACGCCCAAUCAACCGCAAACCGUGUUGUAUCAAUUGAUAAAUAUCAUCUAAGGAUCUGUGCCCUUAUAUAACCCCAAGGGGGAUAAGCUACCGCUUUCGACCACUACGACAUGUCCCAUAGAGCCAAGAUCCGCUGCGACUCAACGGGGCAAGGCCGAUAGGUGCAACGCGCUUAAUAUACUAUGGCUACAACUCGCUUUGUCCCAGGGCAGAAAGCUGUCGGGUCUCCGAGACCCAAAGGCCGUGAGAAUGCGAAGGAUACGCUAUGUCGAAACGUCUUAAUAUAUGGACACUGUCGUUACGAAGAUCAGGGAUGUGCUUUCAACCAUGAGCCAAAUAAAGCGCAUACAACCCAAACUGAAAUGUCCAAGAAAAGCCUCAACGUUGAUUCUCCCUCAUUCACCCCCAUCGGCUUAGCGAACACUUCUGCCGGGUUGUCUGCGAUGAGUUCGCGGGCAGCAAGUGCCGCUCCUUUUACACCUAGAUCUGCUGCAAGCGGAACCGCAACACCUACUCAGCAAGAGGAUGCUGUGAGCUUUAACCCUGCACAAAUCCGCGAGUUUACGCCACAAAAUUAUGAUCUCAACACAAGUACACUGAAUGGCGGAGGCCUCGACGCCCAAGUGCCCUUUGAUCCCUUCACUAUCCCUAACUCUACACAAGCCGUUCCUGCGGCACAAUACAAUCCAUAUUUGGAAGAUACCAGCGCCGGUGCCAGUGCUGCAUACUAUCCAGGGCAGGCUUCUUACGCGGCAACUGCUCAGCCAUUACAAUAUCACCUCUACGCCCCAAUGGGACCUCACCGUGAAGAUUUGCUUGCAUAUCAAAGGCUCCCCCAUGACUUCUUUAUGCCAGAAAAGCUCCGUGAAGAGUUGCAGAGAAAGUCCGAAGCAUCUCUUCAAACCAUGCCCAACUCGCAACUUCCAACUCUUGAUAACUACCAUUCUCUCGUUGCGCUGGAUACUAGCCAUCACAAAAGCGCCACGGUCUUUGGAUAUCCGAGCUGGGUUUAUAAGGCUACUUCAAGCAAGAAUGGAAACCUCUAUUGCCUAAGAAGACUUGAAGGCUACCGUUUAACGAAUGAGAAGGCCAUUAGAUCAGUCAAAGAGUGGCGUCGGGUCGAUUGUGGAGGCGUAGUAACCGUGUUAGACGCGUUUACCACCCGUGCUUUCGGUGACAGCUCACUAAUCUUUGUCACUGACUACCACCCAUUAGCAAAGACGCUGGUCGAGACGCACUUUUCCACCGCCAACCGAUUUGGCAACCGCGUAGCUACAACCGUGCCGGAGCAGGUCCUUUGGGGCUACAUUGUUCAGAUUUCAGCUGCUCUGAAGAGUGUGCAUGCUUCUAACCUUGCAGUUCGCUGUUUGGAACCUAGCAAGGUCCUCGUUACGGACAAGAACCGUGUCCGCCUCAGUGCAUGUGCUGUCCUCGACGUGGUACAUCACGAUAUCCAGCGAUCCUUACAAGAGCUUCAGCAGGAUGACUUGCAGCUAUUUGGCAAGCUUAUCCUAGCUCUUGGGACCAAUAGCCUUCUCACCCAGCAGAAUAUGAAAGUUGCCGUCGAGCAGCUUGGGCGAAUCUACUCUACAGAAGUUCGUGACACAGUUCUAUGGCUUCUCACCCCGGCGGUAGCUCCAGCUACAAAGUCCAUUGAUGAAUUCCUCUGCGGCAUCUCUAGCCAUGUCGUCUCGUCCCUGGACAGCGCGUUCCACCAAGCGGAUAGCCUCACCUCCGAGCUCAGCAGAGAGCUUGAAAACGGCCGCCUCGCACGUCUGCUCAUGAAGCUCGGUACCAUCAACGAGCGCCAGGAAUACGAGGGAGAGCGCAGCUGGUCUGAGCAUGGAGAACGGUACAUGCUCAAGCUGUUUAGGGACUACGUCUUCCACCAAGUUGAUGCCCUCGGCAACCCGGUCUUGGAUAUCGGGCAUAUGAUCCGCUGUCUCAACAAGCUGGAUGCAGGCGUGGAUGAGAAGAUCCUGCUGACGAGCCGCGAUGACCAGACAUCCUUCGUUGUCUCGUACAAGGAAUUGAAGAAGCAGGUUGCUGCAGCAUUUGGUGACCUGAUGAAGCCUGCUGUGGCCAAACCCAACAGGCAGUUUUAAGGGGGGUUGUGCGUGAACAAGUAUUUAUGGAUUGAAUAUUAUGUAGCUGCGUUUGAGGGUAUGACUAUACGGAGAUAGUAGGAUAUUGGUGCGAAGUAUAGUUGCUUCCGUUUGAAAUCCAGCAACGGCAGAAAAAUAAGGAGCACAGGCAUUACUUGUGUACUUGUCGAAUGUUCCAGAGCGAAUUGGGGAGUAUGAUGGGGGGCAGUUGAUACUUGGUUGUUGUGCUUGAAUCUCUGUCUCCGUCUCAGUCUCCCAUAGCAAAAAAUGAAG